UCGCCUUUUAGCUGCGUUAGUUUGCGAAAGACCCCAUCUUGUCUCGUUCAUAUCUGCAACUCGCUGGACUCAUGAAAUGACAGUUAGGCAUAUUGUUAUUAGUGUAAACUUUCCUAAGAAAUCAACAUCAAAUUGAAAAUGACAGCGGAGAUGGCCUUUGCGUUGCGUGAAACAAUUGAUUACAAAGAAAUACAAGAAAUAAUACAAAAAUCUCAGACACUUGGAGCAGACUAUGAGAAGUACACAUUAGCCAGAAGUUACUUUGAUGUCAAGGAGUAUGACAGAGCUGCAUAUUUCAUACAAGAUUGCUCUCACCCGAAGGUCUAUUUUCUCUACAUGUAUUCCCGCUACUUGGCUGACGAGAAGAGGAAAACAGACAACAGGCCCGACUCCAUCGGUCCACCAAAGAAAAUAGAGAAUGGGAACCUGAAGGUGCUACAGUCAGAGCUGUCUGAGAGACACAAGAAGAAGGAGCUCGAUGGAUUCUGUCUUUACUUGUACGGGGUAGUGCUGAAGAAACUGGACUUUGUGAAGGAAGCUAUUGAUGUGUUUGUGGAGGCUGUGAGGAAGGAGCCGUUACACUGGGGGGCGUGGCAGGAGAUGACACGUCUGAUCACGGACAGGGAAAUGAUGUCCUCGCUUGUACUGCCUGACCACUGGAUGAAGCAGUUCUUCCUGGCUCACCUUUACCUGGAGUUACAGAUGAACGAUGAGGCUGUUAAGCUCUACAUGAGACUGUGUAGUCAUGGCUUUCACAGAAGUACAUACAUCAUGGCACAGAAUGCUCUGGCUUUCCACAACCGUAGGGCUGUGGACCAAGCUGUCAGUGCAUUUGAGAGUCUCCAGAAGUACGACCCUUACAGACUGGACAAUAUGGAUACAUACUCUAACCUAUUAUAUGUCAAGGAGAUGAGAGCAGAACUGGCGUACCUGGCUCACCGCUGCUGUGAUAUAGACAAGUACAGGAUGGAGACAUGCUGUGUCAUAGGAAACUACUACUCUCUGCGCUCACAGCACGAGAAGGCCGUCUUGUACUUCCAGCGAGCUCUCAGGCUGAACCCUCACUACCUGUCUGCCUGGACUCUGAUUGGGCACGAAUUCAUGGAGAUGAAGAACUCCUCAGCAGCCAUUCAGGCUUACAGGCAGGCUGUGGAGGUGAACAGGAGGGAUUACAGGGCUUGGUAUGGGCUGGGACAAACGUAUGAAAUCAUGAAAAUGCCAUUUUAUUCUCUGUAUUAUUACAGACAAGCACAUCAGUUGAGGCCGAAUGACUCUCGUAUGGUUGUUGCUAUGGGGGAGAGCUAUGAGAAACUAGACCAACUACAAGAGGCCAAGAAGUGUUUCUGGAAAGCUCACAGUUUAGGUGACGUGGAAGGUUUAGCUCUGAUAAAACUGGCAAGAUUGUACGAGAAGUUAAAGGAAGAAGAACAAGCAGCUGCCGCGUACACAGAGUUUAUCUACGAAGCAGCACACCAAGGGAACUACAGCCGUGAAGAUCAGAGCCAAGCUUACAUGUUCCUCACAAACUAUUACCUGAAAAGAGAGAUGUUGGAUGAGGCCUUAAGUGCGGCCCAGAAGUGUGCAGAGUUCACUGAGACAAGAGAAGAGGCUAAGGAUAUGCUGAAGGAGAUAGCAAACCUGCGUAUGAGGGAAGGAGCUCAGAUACAGGAGGUGAAUGUAUCCAUCACAGACGACCAGUUACCCUCUGGGGAUCACACGCCCUUUAGUAGUCUGCCGCCAAUGAACUUGAGAUUCACGCCCUGAACCUGUCGGCGAAGGGAACAUACACCAUUUAGCAGACUUGGACAAAGGGUUUUAGGAUUUAUUCCACAUCAGAAAAAAUACUGUCUUCAUUGGAUAGCAGUGGUCACAUGGAGGAGGGCGUAUAUUCCUGUAUCCUGAAGCCAGUGCCAUGUGCAGUUGUUGACUAUGUUGUCUAGGUUACGCUGUUGAAGUCAGUCACUGAUAUGUCAGCCUUCUGUGCUCAACUGAUGAUUGUUUUGCAUGAUGAAUUUGUUGCAACUAACAUUAUUCCUUGAACAUGGGGGAAGAGAUAUGUGAAGAUGCCAGCCCAGGAAUAUACAUGCUUCAACAAACUGCCUGAAUGAUCUUGCACAGUAAAUUCAGAAAGGUACAAAAACUGGGCGGUACUGUGUGGCUACUGCUCAACAUUGUGGCAGUUGCAUGUAGGGAGUGAAUUGUCCCACAGUAACAGUCCAGUCCUGAGCCUUGCAGAUCUCGUACUGUGCGGGCG